GGGGGGCGCGGCCGGGCCAGCGCAGCCCCUGAUUGGGCGAGGCGAGGGGGGCGCGAUCGUGCGCGCUGACGUCACCCGGCGCGCCCCCUCAUAAGCGGCGGGGGGCGGGGGCGGCGGCGCAGACGCGGCUCCGAUGGACGGGAGUUACGAGGCGUGCGCCGAGGCGGCGGCCUGGCUGCGGGCGCGGCUGCGGGAGGCUCCGCGCGUGGCCCUGGUGUGCGGCUCGGGGCUGGGGGCGCUGGCCCAGGAGCUCUCGGAGCCGCAGAGCUUCGACUACGCCGAGAUCCCGCACUUCCCCCGCAGCACCGUGCAGGGCCAUGCCGGGCGAUUGGUCGUCGGCCGCCUGGGCUCCGCCCCCUGCGCCGUCCUGCAGGGCCGAUUCCACCUGUACGAGGGCUACAGCCCCGCCCAGGUGGUGGUUCCUGUCCGGGCCCUGGCCCUGGCCGGUGUCCACACCCUGGUGCUGACCAACGCCGCGGGGUCCCUGCGGCCACAGCUGGGCCCUGGUCACCUGCUGGUCAUCCGCGACCACAUCGACCUCCCCGGCCUGGCCGGACGCUCGCCCCUCGUGGGGCCCAAUGACGAGAGGUUCGGGCCGCGCUUCCCGGCCAUGACGGACGCCUACGACCCCGGGCUGCGGCAGCUGGCGCUGGCCCUGGCCCCGAAGGAGCUGCGGGCCCGCCCCGGGGUCUACGUGGGCGUGGGGGGGCCCAGCUACGAGACCCCCGCCGAGUGCCGGCUCCUGCGGUGCCUCGGGGCCGAUGCCGUCGGUAUGAGCACGGUGUCGGAGGCGGCGGCCGCGCGUCACCUGGGGCUGCGCGUGCUGGGGCUGUCCCUCAUCACCAACUCGGCGCCCGGUGACGAGGACGAGGACGGCUCUGAGGUCACGGCGGGAGGGGCGGGGCCGGAGCCACACCCGGCCGCGCUCACGGGGCACGAGGAGGUGCUGGCGGCCGCUCAGGAGGGCGCGCGGCACCUGCGGGCGCUGCUGCUCGCCCUGGCCCCCAAACUGGACGAGCCCGGACGCAGCCGGACGCGUCCGGACGCGCCGUGACGUGCCCGGGUGACGUCACCGGGAUGGCGUCACCGGGAUGACGUCACCGGGGUUAUGUCACCGGGAUGACGUCACCGGGAUGGCGUCACCAAGGUGACGUCACGCCGCUGGUGACGGCGGAUCCGCGUUGUCCCCGCGCCUCGGGGCGGUGCCUUGAUCCCGCGGAAUUCCCACGGAAUUCCCGGGGCGUCCCUGCUUCCGUCCUGCCUUGGGUUUUGCCUUAAUUCCCUGUAAUUCCAGAAAAAUCCCACGUCUUCAUCCCGCGUCGUUCCCGUGGCGUGCCUUCCACAAAUCCCCACGUGGAUUUCGCCUUAAAUCCGUGAAAAUCCCAAAUCAUUAAUUCCGUGAAAAUCCAAACUCAUUAAUUCCGUGUCAAUCCCAUGUCAUUAAUUCCAUG